CUUUCCACCCUUGCACACCUUAACCCUCUGUGUGGACACAUCAUCCCAUACCCUCCAUCCAUACAUCACCAACACACCCAACAACCGCCAUGAGAUCCAGGAUGAGAAUGUUGCUGUUGUUCCUGGCAGCGUCUGUUUGUGUGUCAAACGCUCAGACCAACAACAGCAGCAACGACAACAAGCAGCAGCAGCAGCAGCAGCAGCGCAGCAUCUGGGAUGAGCCCGUCAAAUUCAGUACCAAGACCAAAGACUCCUGUUCCAUGGUGGUGUCUGGAGCUGGGGACUAUACCCGCCUGCGUGUCUCCUGCAAAGGUCCAAGUCAGGGCCAGACCCCAGGACGCUCCUACUACUGCGACUUCCAGGGCAAACCCAACCUGUGCCGCGCCUACAACCUCAACCCUCGCCACUUCUUCACCCAGAUGAUGUGGGACAUGAGGAAGCUGAGCCACGCCUGCCAGGGACCCAAAGUCUACCGCCCACAGAUGUGUAAGAAAUACCCCGACGAGGCCCAGAUGACCUUCCUGGCCUCCUGGCCCAAGACCACCACCCCUAAGCCCUCCAAGCCCGUCCAGGAGCCACGUAAACCGGUGGUGCCCGCCCCGGCAAAGCCCGUCACUACUCCUAAACCUGUCAAGCCCCAGCCACAGCCCGUCAAACCCCAGCCAGGCAAGGGCCCCCAGACCAAGAAGACUACUCCCAAGCCUGGGAAGACCACUACUCGUCCCACAGAGCAGACUGAUUCCAAAGCAUCCCGCCUCGCCUCCGAGUACUGCUGGAAGAGUUUCCACGGCGUCUGCUCCUACUUCAUCAGCUGGUUCCAAAACUGAGAUGAUACUGCUGACAAAGGUUGGAAACACCAGCGAUGGACCCAGUCAGAACUCUUCUCGUCCAUCUUUGACCUCUCUGCGUGGGAGCCACUGAAGUUCACCUUGUGAGGUCCGACUCCCCCACGCUGCAGCAUCUUACGUACUGAGCCAAAAACACUCGACCUGCACCUAUGUACGGUUAGCGGAUGACUGCAUGUGCUGUCGUGUAGUUUUUUUUAAAUCUGUAAAACACAGCAAGGCAAAGGGAAAAAAAAUGGCAGGCAUGUGAUUCUGUUUGUAUAUGAUGUAAACUUCCCUCCUCGUGUCACAUAAAUGUUUCAGCAACAUUUAAGAAAAUGUGAAGAGAAUAAAGUCAGAGUGGUGACAUCUUC